AUGACAACAUCUCAAGUCACAGUUGAAUCCGCAACGCUUGCAGGAACUUGUCUCGAGAGUUUUGUUUACGGGAUCUUCUUCGCUCUUUUCUUUCCGUCCAUCUAUGUGCUGGUCAAGCGAGAGCAGGACAACCGUUCCAGAACACACUCGAAACGCUCAGCCACAUAUCCGUUAAUUAUCACGUCUGUACUGCUGUUUGUGUUUAUUACUGCGCACUGGAUUUGCACCUUUAUCCGUUUAUUUCAGGCCUACAUCACGGAAGAUGCGUCCAAGGCACCGUCGUUUCUUGCGGAUUUACUCGUGCCCGCUGUAAUUAUAAUCAAUGGGAUGUUGAUUGCGAGCAUGAUCACGGCUGAUUCGAUGGUGAUAUAUCGUCUCUGGAUAGUCUGGAACAAGAAUCGCACCGUCAUGGUAUUCCCAUGCUGCACCCUUGUGGGGCUCUGCGUGUCCGGAGCCGGAUAUUUGUAUCAAAUUGCGCAGAAAGACUCAUCAUACAACAUAUACUCCCCAGUUGUGGACAGGUGGAUAAACUCAACCUGUAUAUUCACCCUCGUGUGGCCUACUGUCGCAAUCUUGGUUGAGAGCGCCAUGAUUUAUACAUCCUGGGUUAUUGUUUAUUUUGGAGUUUAUCAAGCCGGAUCCAAUGUUGAGACUCCUAUCGUGUUGUCAAUGCCAGAAAUUGCCGGCAUCGCAUGCAUGCUCAUCAGCGUCAGAGUUGGUCUAGGGUGGGCGAAUGAUGGUCUCAAAUCUCAGAAAAGGAACCCUUUACCUUCAAGUCACGGGCAACAAAUGCGCGACUGUGCGGUACACAAGACCGCUGUGGUCAGAGAUGUUGGUGAAUACGAGUUGCCAUGGGUUGUAAAGCCGGCGUCUUGA